AUGCCCAUGUUGACCACCUCGAAUCCAGGUUCAAUGCUCACUUCCGAACCCAGAUGGCCCUUUGAUGUACAGAACUUAUUCCAACGUAUCCAGGAGCUGGAAGGCGCCUUGUCGCGGGUUGGAACCACCCCAGAGUCGUCUGGCCAGGCUUUGGAUAACACCGAAGAAUUAGCGACACCAGUGCGCUCGACUAUCGACACUACUCAUGCUUCAACCGUCGCAAGUUGUAGGGAAGGACUGACCUUUUCUGGGAGCUCUCUAUCACCCAUUACCUUCGCACAGACGCCUACUAGUUCCUAUAGCCAUAUCACCACAGAGCGUUCUGCCCAGGUGGAUAGAUCUGCACGUCAAUGGGGACCCAACUGGUACUUCAAUGGUAUACCCAUCUCCUCCGAAGCAGGCCGAGAAUGGGUCUCCAAAAGAACCGGCCAGCCAGUCUCAUGGGCUGAUUUCAGUAUCCCGAUCGUGCAAACUUCGGAAGCCUCUACUCUUGCGCAAUCUCUCUCGCCAGCUCUAUGCGAACUACCGGAUAAGGAGGCGACCCGAGAAGUCAUGACUGCGUUCCUCAAGUCCUCAUUCCGACUCGCCUUCCCAGUUUUGGAUGAAGUUCUGUUUCAAACAACGCUGGAGAUCGCAUACGAGCAUGUGGAUGGGAUUUCAUACUCGCCAAUGCAAAUCUCAGCUAAGGCAUGCAUUCUGAGCAUGUUGGCUAUUGCACCUCGCAUCGACAUGUCGAGGCAACUCUCCGUCCCUAUAGAUACGGAUCUAUGCGCAGCCAAGGCACAUUGUCUCUUGUUACGCGUCGCCGAGGAUACCAGCUUGCCGACACUGCAGACUGCAAUCAUGUUGCGUACAUUUUGCACCGACUGGCAAGGCGCUACCUUUUUCCAAUCGAUUGCGUGUCGCAUAGUGUGCGCUUUAAAAGGACACAUGGGCCAAUCGCCUAGUUCCCCUGGACUCGAGAUUACUCGUCCAGAACGGGAGAUUAGCCACAUCCGAACGCUAUUUUGGCUAUGCUACAUGCUCGACAAAGAUAUCUCGCUCUUCACCGGCAACCCCCCUCUACUCAGCGAAGUCUACUGUGACCUGACUUUGCAUGACAACUACUACGACCAUUACACAUACUUACCAAGCCUGAACACUUCCUUAACGGGCGAUGAAAAAAGUCAAAGAAAUAUCAGCCCCUAUCUCCCGGGAGACCCUCACCUAAGCCACCUAAAAGAGAAAGUCUACCGACAACUUCUAUCCGCCCGAGCGCUGAAGGAUAAUGAUAACCAACUCCUGCUAAAUAUCCGACAAUUAGACGACGAGAUAGAACAAUGGCGACUCUCCAUCCCGGUCAAUUUUCGUCCCGCGCUAUUCGUCUCGAAGAAUACCAUGCCAAAUGCAUCCGAUGAAGGUAUCCCAUUCAUUAUUCGACGCAUGUCUUUACAAUUAGACUAUCACCACCUGAUGACCGUCAUCCAUACAACGGUGAGAAAAUGCACCGUCGAGACCAGUGACGAGACGCCCGAUCUGCAUAGUGUGUUUCGAUUUGUCUCUGGUAGCUGGUCGUUCAACGCUAUGGUGUUUGAGGACGCUUGUCGGUUUGAUUGCGGAAGAUGCGUUUCGUCGCGGAUUGAUCUGGAGCUGCUCAUAUCGGCUGCCAAUACGAUCCGCAAUAUGCCCGUGCGAGCUUUGACGAAAACCGAGGUUUCGCAUAUUCGGGAACUUAGCAAGUUUGUUAUGAGGCUGGUGUGGCUUGGGACAUGUGCGGUGACCAAGGCAGAGAAGGAGAACGAUUAA